AUGUCUCCCGGCAAGACCGUGCUGAUUGUCGGCCCCGGCUUUAUCGGCUGGAACAUCCUUGACAGACUCGUCUCCGAGAACUACAACGUAACGGGCCUCGUACGUCGAAGCGCACAGGCACAGCAGAUCCAGCUCUCAGGCGCCAAAGCAGUCGUCGGCAGCCUCGACGACACGGCUCUGAUCAAGACACAAACCACGGCGCACGACAUCAUCUUCCACACCGCCACCGCCGACCAUCAGCCAUCAGCGGAGGCCAUUUGCGCCGGCGUAGCAGAGCGCGCGGCCCAGGGGAAAUCGACAAUCUACAUCCACACGUCGGGCACUGGUGUGCUGGACGAUGGUGCCCAAGGCGACUUCGAGAGCGAUAAGAUCUACCGCGACGAUGAGCGCGACGAGAUCGAUGCCCUCCCGGACAGCGCGCCGCACCGCCAGAUCGAUCUGGCCAUCGUGAAAGCUCACCGAGAGAUCGGCGACAAGGCCAAGAUCGCGAUUAUGAUUCCUCCGCUGAUUUAUGGAUAUAAUCCGUCCCAUCGUCGGCUGUCGAUCCAGAUCCCGACUCUGACUCGGUUCGCCUUGAAGCAUGGCUUUGCAGGCUAUGUUGGCAAAGGCCUGGCUGUCGAGUCGCAGAUCAAUGUGCUCGAUCUGGCUCGCGCCUAUGUCGUGUUGUUGCAUCAUAUGGAAUCCGCCCCUGCCGACGAGUUUCUUAAGAACCCCUAUUUCUUCUGUGAGAAUUGCCACGACACUUCCUGGAAGACGGUCGCCGAGAUGAUUGGGUCUGGGCUGCACAAGGCCGGCAAGAUCCAGGAUCCGACUCCCAGAACGAUCCCAAAGGAUCUGUAUGGCGAUCUGUUCGGGGAUGAUACCGGCGCUGUCAUAGGGUUGAACUCACGCAGUCGUGCUGUCAGGUUGAGACAACUCGGUUGGGAGCCAAAGGAGCGUAGCAUGCACGAGACCUAUGAGAUGUUCGAGCUGCCCGAGAUUUUGAAGGAGCAAGGUCUGGAUUUUCAAGGGUAUCAAGGAGUGGCCGCGUAA